AGUUUCUAAUGACAAUCAUCAUCAUAAGCUCGUUGAUUUUUGCCAAAUUAAUCGGACGAGAAUUGCAGCAAGUGAAUGCCGAUUUGCAAGAUGAUGACUGUGAAAUACUUACCGUAAAAGGACGUUUUCGAAACAUUUUUUUGAUGCACCAAGAAAUGGGAGAGUAUAUGAACCGCAUAGAAAGGAUCACAUUCAGAACAUAUUUUACGCAAAUUGGAACUGCAUUUAUUGGAGCUAUUGCCUGCCUUUAUGGCAUGUUAACAGUUAAUUAUAUGCCAAUAAACUGCUGCAUCGCACUAUUGAUUUUUCAAAUAUUCAUCGCUUGCUUGCUCGGUAACUGCGUUCAGUUAACUCAUGACCAGAUCUAUGAUUCGGCAUUAGAAUUGGAUUGGAACGAACUUCAUAUUCGAGAGCAGUUCUAUUACAAAUUUUUCAUUAGUCGUUGUCAAACCCCGAAACUACUAACCAUCGGAGGCCUCGCGCCAUUAAAUUUGAAUUCGUGCGUUAAGAUUUUUGGACGAAUUUAUACUAUUACGAUGUUGCUUUACACCAUACUACAAUAGAACUGACUGGUCUACUUUAUUUUAAAGUAAAAUAUAUACAAAUAAG